AUGAAGAAUAUUGUCCUUGAGACGUAUAGCGGGAAAGCUGAUCCCAAGGAGCAUCUGCUAUACUUUAACACAAAAAUGGUAAUUAGUGCCGCUUCCGACGCAGUAAAGUGUAGGAUGUUUCCAGCUACGUUCAAAGGCACGGCUAUGGCGUGGUUCACAACUCUACCCCGAGGAUCGAUCACAAAUUUUCGUGAUUUCUCAUCAAAGUUCCUCAUCCAGUUUUCCGCCAGUAAAACCAAGCAGCUGACAAUUGAGGAUCUGUACAAUGUCCGCCAGUCCAAGGGUGAGACUUUGAAGCAGUACGUGGAACGGUUCAGCGCGGCGUUCGUCAAGAUUGAGGAAUCAGAGCCGCAUGCUUGUGCGCGUGCCUUCAAGAACGGGUUGCAGCCAAGGAAGCUGAAUAGCAAAUUGAGCCGUAAGCCAGCUCAGUCCAUGGCAGAGAUCCGCACGUGA